AUGGCUACUACCACCGCUGAAGGCCGAAUUGAUCGUUUCAGAUCGUGGCUCGAGGCCAAGUCCACACCGCUGAAGACGGCGGGCCGCAAGCCAGGUAGCAAUCUACUCUUGGCUUCGGCACUCCAUGGCAUUGUGCAUCGUGGCAAAGGCCAUGAUCUGACAGAACUGGAAAGGCUUGCUACGAGGCCUUUCAUGACCAUGACAGAGAGCGAAGAAGAGAUUGCCGCUCUAGGCCAGAUCUGCUCUGAAGCCAAGGCUGCUGCCCGCUCUCGCAGCUUUGCAGCUUUCAACGCUCCAAGUGCCAUCAUGAGCAUGCCCGACGAUGAACCCCUUACCAGAGAGCAGUUUAACGAUCAGGUCAGGGCUUGGCGAGGAGACGGUUCUGUAGCCUCACAUCCGGGCGGUGUCAUCUGA